AGGGUCAUGAGGACGGUGCCUUUGAACCUAAACCCCUUGGACUUCCUCAACAGCGCCAAGAUCACACAAACUCUCGGCCCAUAAGACAAUCGAGCCAGCUCCUUCUGCAAUGACGGCACUGCAUCAGUUUGGGGCAGAGAUGUUGCGCCUAUCUCGCGGCUUGGAAGCUUCAGCGGCGACCAAACCGCAGUACCGAGGAACUAACGUAUCAGAACGUGGUGGAAUGCUCACACCAGGGUCAUUGAGCGUCUCUUCAAGCUCACCGUCAUCGAUGCUGCAGGACCGUCGCCGCCCGUCCUCGAGUGGGGAGCCAAACACUCCUCUCCACAGACCUCGAAGUGCAUCAGACGAUGAAAGCAACGACGGUCUUUUAGCACCUUCAACCUUGACCACAAAAUCCAGGAGUUCAGAAGACGGUCUCCUCUUACCGCCUCCUUGCACUUGUCCUUAUUUCGGAACUGAUUCUACACCCCCUCGACGAACCACUGAAGUUAUUAUCGUUCCUGGAGGAGACAUUAAUGGCUGCAAUGGCUAUCCUAGGAACGGAAAUUUAAAAGACGAACCAUCUACUCCAUUAUUUAGGCGAUCAAGCAGGGGAGCAGCUUCAAUGGUCACGUGGGACGAAGCUAGAAGGUUCCGGAGAGGUUCCAGUUUUGGUGGUGCGAGGACCACACUCUCCACUCCAGUUCGAAGUAUCCGAGCGCAGAGAUCGGUAACAAGAUCUCAACCAUCAACAUCAACGCCACAACGACAAACUCCUAGGACGCAUCAUUCCAGAAAUUCUAGCGUUAUAUCAAGGAAUUCGUCUCGCCACGGACGUAUACUGCGUUUAGAACAAAAGGCGACGAAAGUUUUAGGCGUGGUAUUUUUCACUUUUGUCGUGCUCUGGGCUCCAUUUUUCAUACUAAAUAUGGUGCCAGCAGUAUGUCCUGAUUGCGAGGGUAAAAUUGCCCAUUGGGUUUUCGAUUUCGUACUAUGGUUGGGUUAUGCCAGUUCCAUGGUGAAUCCGAUAUUCUAUACGAUAUUCAAUAAGGUGUUUAGGCAAGCGUUUAAGAAAGUGCUGAGGUGCCAAUACUGCAGGUCUAGGAGGUAGCCGGCACCCUGGGAGCGCGUACGUCCAUCGUCCGAUCCAGGCAUCGGAGCGCUCUCAGUUAACAGAAAUGUUAGGUCACAAUACGUGUAAUACAGAGCUUUAAUUGCUUCUAGUCAUUAGUCUGCUUCUAUGUUGCUCCUGUCUGAACUGUCUUGUAUAUACUUUUUUAAUAAUACAGUAUCGACCACUCUCUUUAAUGCGGCGCACAAAUAGUAAUAUUUGCCUUCGUUCUGACCUCGUUACUGCUGCUAUUGUAUACAAAGGAACACAAGCUAUAAGACGGGGUGUUAAACUAUUGUAAGCUAUUUCAAACCUUAUUACUGAUCAGUAUUGGGGAAAAUAGCGUGUACGACUUCCCGCUGGUAUAGUUGGAAAAGUAACUGUAUCUAAUGUUUCAUCUGAAAUGGCUUCGUCUUUACAGUGAAAAGAAUUGACUAUUUUUAAGACUGAUCAUUUAGUUAUAAAGCGGUGAUAUAUUGUUGCAUUUAUGUGAAGUUUAUUUUGUUCAAGGCAUGAAUUGAAUGGUCAGAGGAUAAAGCAAAUGGAGGUCCGGAAUACCGUACUUAGUGGAUUCGUAGUUUUUGCUCAUUAAAAUGUUAUUUUGUGAAAUUUCGA